AUGCCAGCGUGCUGUGUAAAAUAUUGUACUAGUCGCACGUCUUGCAACAAAUCGAAAAGUGUAAAAUAUUUUCGAUUUCCUAAGGACGAAAUUAUUCGUCAGCAAUGGCUCAUUGCUAGUCAACGAACAGAAAUAAAUAUAAAAGUUGAUGCGGUGAUAUGUAGUAAUCAUUUCGAUAAUGAUUGCUUCAUAAUGGAGUGGACAAAACCAAGAUUGAAGAAUGUAGCAGCCAAAGAAAUGCAACGCUUAAAAAAAGAUGCUAUUCCAACUAAGAUGUUAUUAUUGGAAAAGAAAAGGAAAAUGCCUGAGAGUGAAGAAAAUAUGAAAAGGAAUAUAGGAAGUAAUGUACCGACUGGAGUACCAACAUACACAGAACUUGUUAAAUGUAAUGAACAAGAGAAGCAUCGUUUGUCGCAUAAAGGAAUUGUGCAACAUAUGGAAGCAGAAACUGCAGAAAAUGAGGAAAAUACUAAUAUUGUAGAUAAUACUAAUAACAUUGAAGAAGUAAACAAUAUUACAGAGGAAACUGUGCAACAUAUGGAUUUGAAAAAUGACACAACAAACGUAGAGAUAAAUGGAAAGGUUGGCAAUUAUAAUUUUUCAAUGGAAAAUGCACCAAUAAAAACAUUAUUAAUGCAGAUACAAAAAUUAAAAGAAGAAAAAAGAAAUGUGUUGAAAGAAAAAGAAAUAUUGGAACAACAAAAUGAACAAUUGAGGCAGAAGCAAGCCGAUGCGAUACCCAUCGAAGUUUUAAGAAAAGUAUUUACAUCAGGCCAAAUCGCAAAGUUAAAGUCAUCAACUAAUAGUCGCAUACGGUGGUCAUCCGAAGAUAUAGUAUCUGCAAUAAGUCUAAGAGCUGUAAGUUCUAAAACUUACAGAUACUUAAGAAAUGUCAAGAAAAUGCCAUUACCAUGUACGUACAAGUACUUUGCAAAACUGGAUUGA